CCCCCCCCCCCUCCCUCUACUCCUCUUCCUUCUUCCAUCUCUCUCUUCUUCCAUCAUACUCUUCAGACCCUCCUCAUCCCUGUUUCUUACGUCUUCUUCCAAUCCAAAAGGAAUUUAACCAUCGAAGAGGAAAUAUGAGCAGCAACAGUAACUUGGAGACGCGGACGCUGCUGGACGAAAUCCGGAGCCUGGAGAAGGGCUGGCUCUUCGACUUCGGCCACCCCCUCCUCAACCGCAUCGCCGAGAGCUUCGUCAAGGCCGCGGGGAUCGGCGCGAUCCAGGCGGUCUCGCGCGAGGCCUAUCUCACCGCGGUGGAAGGUGCCGGCGCGGAUCCUGGUGCAAUUCCGGACAUGACGAGUAGCAAGAGGCAUAGGUUUCCCGAUCUGAGAGGAGAGAACUGCACGAAGUCACUUGAAGCAACGGUAAAGAGCACCGGGAAAGAGGCAUUCCAAUGGGGAAUGGCUGCUGGCAUGUAUUCCGGCCUAACUUAUGGCUUGAGGGAAGCUCGAGGAUCUCAUGAUUGGAAGAAUAGUGCAGUUGCUGGUGCAAUCACUGGAGCUGCAGUGGCUUUGACCUCCGAUGACACUUCUCAUGAGCAGAUUGUUCAGUUUGCAAUCACUGGUGCCGCACUUUCCACUGCUGCAAAUUUACUCAGUGGCAUAUUCUAAAGCUGGCAAUGAAAUCUGGAUUUAGUCUGGACGUU